CCUCUCCUUUUUUCAGCUGGUGCUCGUGGAGUGUACUAUCUCCUGAGAUCUCAGUUUAUCUUUAGCUCUUUUCCGGGGUCUUCUUCUCAAGAAUGAGCUGAUUGAUUGAUUACUCACUGAAGAACAAGAUUUUUUUUUUGUUAUUAAACUCAUUACAGAGCCAUUGUUUGUGAAGUAGCAUUUGGAAUGGCAGAACAAAAGAGUAGCAACGGAGGAAGAGAAGUCGUUAUCAACGUCUCAGGCGAGCUUUCAUCAAAGAUGGCUUCACCAGACUCCUCUGCCACCAUUAAUAAAACCUCUUCUCCUGAGAUCUCUAAGCUCAUCGGUAGCCCCAACAAGCCUCCUCGAUCUCCAAAUCUAAGCAACGAAGGUCUAACUCAGAGGAAAUCAUUUGCGAGGUCGGUUUACUCCAAACCGAAGUCCCGGUUCGUCGAACCGCCUUGUCCCGUAGACACAAGUAACCUAGAGGAGGAAGUUAAAGAACAGCUCGGCGCUCGUUUCUCCUUCAGAAGAGCAUCCCCCAACAACAACUCCACGAGGAGCGUCGGGUCCACAACACCUCUUACUCCAAGCAAAGCAGCUGAGGCUGAGAAAGACGAAGACGAAGAGAUAUACAAGAAGGUGAAGCUGAGCAGAGAGAUGGGGAGAAAGAUAAGCGUACUGACGUUGAUAGAGAUAGCUUUCUUCAUAGCUGUCUUAACCUCAUUGGUGGCUAGCUUAACCGUCGACUCCCUGAAGAAACACACCUUCUGGGGGCUGGAGGUGUGGAAAUGGUGCGUCCUCGUGAUGGUCACGUUCAGCGGGAUGCUGGUGACGAACUGGUUCAUGCGUUUCGUCGUGUUCCUCAUAGAAACGAACUUUCUCUUGAGGAGGAAAGUGUUAUACUUCGUGCAUGGAUUAAAGAAGAGCGUUCAAGUCUUUAUAUGGCUCAGUUUGAUCCUCGUCGCUUGGGUGUUUCUCUUCAACCACGACGUGCAUCGCUCCCCUGGUGCCACCAAGAUCCUCACGGCUAUCACGAGGACUCUCAUCUCUCUACUUACAGGAUCUUUCCUAUGGCUGGUGAAAACGCUUUUGCUGAAGAUUCUCGCAGCGAACUUCAAUGUUGUUAACUUCUUCGACAGGAUACAAGACUCUGUUUUCCACCAGUACGUGCUACAGACGCUCUCCGGACCUCCUCUCAUCGAGGAGGCAGAGAGAGUGGGGAGGGAGCCUGGGACGGGGCAGUUGAGUUUCGCUAGCGUGGUGAAGAAGGGAGAGGUUAAGGAGAAGAAAGUGAUCGAUAUGGGGAAAGUUCACAAGAUGAAGCGUGAUAAAGUCUCUGCUUGGACGAUGCGUGUUCUGAUGGAAGCGGUUAGGACUUCGGGUCUGUCCACGAUCUCUGACACGUUGGAUCAGCAAACGGCUUAUGGUGAUGGGAAAGAGAAAGGUGAUAGAGGGGAGAUUACUAGCGAGAUGGAGGCUUUGGCUGCUGCUUAUCAUGUCUUUAGGAAUGUUGCUCAGCCUUGCUUCAAUUUCAUAGAGGAGGAAGACUUGCUUAGGUUUAUGAUUAAGGAAGAGGUUGAUCUUGUGUUUCCUUUGUUUGAUGGUGCUGCUGAGACUGGUAAAAUCACUAGAAAAGCUUUCACGGAAUGGGUGGUCAAGGUGUACACUAGCAGGAAAGCUCUAGCACAUUCCUUAAACGACACAAAGACAGCGGUUAAGCAGUUAAACAAACUUGUGACAGCGAUCUUGAUGGUGGUUACCCUUAUCAUCUGGCUGUUGCUUCUAGAAGUAGCAACGACUAAAGUUUUGCUCUUCUUUUCAACUCAAAUGGUGGCUCUGGCUUUUAUAAUCGGAAGCACUUGCAAAAAUCUCUUCGAAUCCAUUAUCUUUGUCUUCGUUAUGCAUCCUUAUGAUGUUGGUGAUCGCUGCGUUGUCGACGGUGUCCCGAUGCUGGUUGAAGAAAUGAAUCUGUUAUCUACAGUGUUCUUGAAGCUUGACAACGAGAAAGUGUACUAUCCUAACGCAGUUUUAGCCACGAAACCGAUAAGCAAUUACUUCAGAAGUCCUGAUAUGAGUGAAACAGUGGAGUUCUCUAUCGCAUUUUCAACACCAAUCUCAAAGAUAGCACAUCUCAAAGAAAGAAUCUCUGAUUACUUGGAGCAGAAUCCCCAUCAUUGGUCACCUAUACACACGGUGGUGGUUAAAGAGAUAGAGAACAUGAACAAGCUAAAGAUGGCUCUAUACAGCAACCACACCAUCACCUUUCAGGAAUACAGUGAGAGGAAUAUCAGAAGAACGGAGCAGGCUUUGGCUAUUAAGAGAAUAUUGGAGGAUCUUCACAUUGACUAUAGUCUCCUUCCUCAACAUGUUCAUCUCACCAAGUCCGACAAAAAUUAAAAACACCGGUUUGGUUUUUUUUACUAAACCUUUUUAAGACAUUAUUGUCAAAAAUGUUGUGGUGAAUUGUUUUAUCGUAGACUGUUAGAUUAUAAGAUGAAAUCAAUAUUGCAAGUUCUAAACUAUUUUGUUUUAGAAUAGAAGAUGAUAUCAGUAAUCCAAGUUCUUAAUGAAUGGACGUUGUCCUUAACUUA